AUGCCAGCACGGUUCAACUUUGACCAGCGGUUGCGGUCGCGAGUAGCCAGAAACGGCGGCAGCACGACGGCAGGACGCGAAUUGGAGCCCCUGGAACGGUCGCGGUCCCCGUCGCCAUAUGGAAGCCCCUCCGAUCGCGACGCUAUACAGCUGAUCACCCUAAAAAAGAUCACGGCCCGGCUGUUUGAGAACCUCCAGCAGCUGGAACAACAGGGCGAGCCGGUGUGUCUGGCGGUCUGCGCUAAAUACAUUGGCUUUGGAACGGCCAAGGGCCACGUGCUGGUGUUCAGCUACGACCAGUCUCUCGAGGCCGCCUUCUUCACGGGAGUGCCCAUUACGGCGAUCUCGUUUUCGCUGGACUCCAGCUCGCUGGCCGUGGGCCACAGAACGGGCCGGGUGAGCACCUACGAGCUCUCGAACCAGGACAAGCCGUCCCACAGCUUUGACUCGCUGAACUGCCCGAUAUCCACGCUUUCGUUUGUCGGGAAACGCCAUUCGGCUCUUCUGAGCACCACGGACGACGGGAGGCUUGUGUACCACCACGCCACACGCACGCUGUUUGGAUUCAGCUGCAGUUCGCGAACGCUGGCCGAGAAUAUUCUCGCUUCCUCACAGCUGCUGAUCGGCCCCGUGGCCUAUCCUACAGACACCAUGGGCGUUCUCGCGUUGAUGACGCCCUCUGGACUGACGGUUCUAUCAACAGACCCCGUACUGCAGACCCAUUUUCGAGUGGGAAAACCCAAAAUUCUCGCCGAGACCGACACGUUCGGCUGCGCCCAGUGGUUUCCUGCUACCAAAGAGUCUCCUGCCCUAGCGUAUUCGUGGGGCAACGUGCUGACCUUGAUAGACGUUGUGGCGGACAAAAUCGUCGACGAGCGCAAAAGCGAGUCGGUUCUGCUGCGGUACGAGAACAAACGCAGAUACCCGUGCCAGGAGCCCAUAGUCGCCAUACACUGGCUGAACUCCAAGGUUCUUGUGGUCCUGACGGUUUCACAGCGCCUCUUCUGUCUUUCGCGCGAAAACCUACAGGUUCUCACCGAGCAGGACGUGAUGAACAAGCACGUGAAGCAUCGGCUGGCAAAUUCGCAGCAUCGCAGCUUUGCAGCUACCAGCGCAGUUUUUCGAGGAAAACUAUUCAUUUUGGGAAAAUACCAGACGUUUCUGGGCUCUCCGCGCAACUGGGCAGACGAGCUGUUUGAGCUGCUACAAUCGGGACAGUACAUCAGCGCGCUGGAGACGGCACGUGUUCAGUACGAUGGACAAUGCGAUCUGGUUUUGAUUGGGUUGCCAAAAGACGACGACGAGCGUCAUCAGAAAAUGCGCCAUCACAUCAUACAGAUGCUCGACGCGUCUGCGAAAUACAUCUUCACCGACCAGUCGGUUCUUGCGAUGGAGCCUCUCGCACGCAAAGACGUUCUUGCUCAGUUCCUAGCCACUGCAUUUAGAGUCUGUGUCAGUCUCAAACCGGACCCGGCCGUUUACGAGCAGCUGUUCGACACAUACGUGGCCAAUGGCCUGGAGGAUGUCUACUUUGGCAUUCUGGAGAAGUUUAUCCGCAAAGAAGAGAUAACAGUCCUGCCUCCUGUCGUGCUGCGCAAAAUGGUGGCUCGUUAUGUCUAUGACGGCAGAGGCCAUAUUUUGGAAGAAUUGGUUUGUUUUUUGGACUUGAAACAGCUGGAUAUUGACCUCGCCAUUACUCUGUGUCGCGAAAACCAUCUGAACGACUCGCUAGCAUACAUCUGGAACACCAUGCUAGAAGAUUAUAUCACACCGCUUAUGGACGCUUUGAAAGCUCUGAAAAAACAUAGCCACGAGCCAGCCUACUACGAAGCAGACUACGUCUACGCAUACAUAUCGUACAUUUUGACAGGAAGACAGUAUCCUACUGAGAAGCCGAUCAACUACAGAACGAGCGAGAGUGCAAAAAAAAAUAUUUACUAUGUGCUUUUCAGCGGAGCAGCCGUUUCGUGGCCUCGCGGCGCUCCUAAAUUCCACAUCGUCGACGACGAAAACAUAGUCGACGAGCCUGCGUUCCCGUACCUUUUUCUGCUGCUGAAACACGAUGGAGCUCUAUUUUUCCGGUGUCUGAACGAGGUUUUCGAGGACACUUUUCUCAACGACAACGAAGUUUUUGGUUUCUCGAGCAACUCCGACACUUACGAGCUGAAAGUGAGCCGUCAGUACAUACUGGAUGUCCUGAUGGGCAUAUUUGGCGAGAACGAGUUAGGCAAGGAGUACAAAACGUAUCUGGCUAUCUUCAUUGCCCGGAACUAUCCCAAAUACAUGCAAUUCAUUCGGCUCUCCAAUUCUCUGCUGGAUUCAAUAAUCCGCGAUCUCUGUGCGUAUCCCGUUUCUGAACUGAAAGAGGACUGCGAACUGAGUCUGCAGAGCCUGCUUUCUGUGCACAAGCCCAGCACGUCCUUGGUGCCGUUGUUGGAGUCUGCCGGUUUUUACAACGCACUUGUGAGCAUCUAUCAAUCUGAACAGCGUGCGCUCAAGCUGCUGGAGCUCUGGAUCGAGCAGAAAAACCGGCCAGAGGCCACGGAGAUCAUAGAGCGCUGUUUCAAACUCGUCAGGGAAAACCCUGGCGAAAGGCUCGACGUGGAGCAGUUUCUAGAACGCCAUUUUGCGGACUUCUGCACAGAUCCCGCUGCUGUGGCUCCAAUUUUCUCCGAGCACUGUCAGAAGCUCAACUCCAGGGCCCUCGAGCUGGACCAGCCGCGCAAAUACAAGUAUCUGAAAGCAGUGUUUGAUCUUCGCUCCCAGAGGGGACUCGAGGUGUCUCCCGAGAUGGAACUCGCCUACGCGGAGUGUCUGCUUCAGUACGAGCCAGCCAGUCUCAGACAAUUCGUGCUUGGUUGCAAGAUGAACGAGAAAUUGAUGCAUUUUCUGAAAAAAAACCAACAGUUCGAGACGGUUGUUGAAAUUCACCGCAGAGCAAACGAAACAGAACAGGCCGUCGAGGACGUCAUCGAGGCCUUGAUCCAUUGUGCCACGCACCUAAAAAACACAGACAACAGCGACAUUCUUUGGAGAUAUCUCUAUCUUGGCUUUGACGUGAUAAAGGGAUCCCAGCUCACUCGAGACCCGUCGCAGGACCUGCAGCCAGACGAGAAACUGUAUCUGCGGCUUGUGGAGACGGCAGUUGGAUUUUUUGUGGCGGCCGAGGGGCCGUUAUUGGACAGUUUCAAACGACUGGUCCAGGACGCAUUCACUACGCUAAUCAACAUCAAAAGAGACCACUCAGACUCGUUUUCCCGCAUCUUCAACACGUUUCUGACGCGCUCGUCGGCCCAGCUCACGACGCUACAGGAGGUGCGCCCUGUGCUGGACGAGAUAUUCCAGGCCUACUCUCACCAGGAGGUGAUUUACGAGAUUAUCUUGCGGCUGGUGAAUAACGACAUUUUCCAGGAACUGAUGGUGCUACAGGCGAAAAGAGAAACCGGCUGGUCGCUCGCCAACCUGGAGUGCGAGGUGUGCGGCAAGCCGAUCUGGGGGUCCAAGGUGAGCACCCAGGUGUUUGAUGCGUGGCAGGAGUGCCGUAUGCAGGGCGUCGUGCGCGCGUCGAUCGACGCAGACAUCAUGGUGUUCCAAUGUCGUCACGGUUAUCAUACAAGAUGUCUACAUAACAUGGGCGUGGAGAAGGAGUGUAUACUGUGUAGAGACAAAUAG